UCUCCUUCUAAUAGUUGUAAUGUAUUGUGCGGGAUAUACAUAUUUUCAGAUUGCAGGAGAGAGAUAUGUUGGACCAGUCGUAGGAUUUGUUAGAACAGCGGGUCAUAGACAAUGUAUCAAGGAAUGUUUAACAAGGCCCGCUUCGUGUAGAGGCGUUAACUAUAAGAAAAUACAUUUACAUUGUGAAAUUGUGUCCUCCAUUAAUGAAACAGAAUUAUCUGCAAAUUACAUAAGAAUUCCACUAAAUCCACACACAGUUCAUAAACCAGAGUGCCUUUCCUGCUCGCUUGGUGAAAAAUGCAUCACGCUCACAAGUAACAAGUCAUUUUGUGCCAAAGAUAAUAUCCCGAAUGACUGUGCUGCAAUACAUUGUCUAUCGCCGUAUUUACCUUCUGGACUGUACAGACUUACAAUCCCAGCCCUGGGUCACGUGACUGUAUUUUGUGAAAUGGAGGCUGAUGGAGGAGGGUGGACAGUUUUUCAACGCCGAGUUGACGGUUCUGAAGAUUUCAAUCGAACAUGGGCCGAAUACAGGAAUGGCUUUGGUAAUCUAACGCGGGAAUUCUGGCUUGGUAAUAAGAAACUGUCUCGUCUACUGAGUCAAGGUUCUUACGAAAUGAGAAUGGACAUGGGUGACUUCGACAACCAAACACGUUAUAUCAAAUACUCCAGUAUGACUCUUGGCGAUGAAGCCUCAAAAUACGCGAUUUCAUUAUCUGGCUUUUCUGGAGAUGUGGCUGAUUGUUUCCUUACUGGUGUAUCUAAUGCCCUUAUCAACAACAUGAAGUUCACCACAGUGGACCAAGACAACGAUUUACGAUCCGGUGAAAACUGUGCAAUCCUGUUCAAAUCCGGUUGGUGGCAUAAUGCCUGUCAUUGUUCCAAUCCAAACGGAUUGUAUCAAGGAGGAGACACAACAAUUUUUGCUCAAGGCAUUGUGUACGAACCAUGGCGUACAUAUUAUUACUCAUUAAAAUCGAUGCGGUUGAUGGUUAGACGGGUUGUGUAAAAUAACUGAAAAGGAAUCACAUUCUAACAUUGUCACAGUAAAAACUUAGUACUCUGAGACGUAGUGUAUGGUGGUGUAGAGUAAAAUAGUUCGGGUACGAGAUACAGAUUGCGUCAGGGUCAGCUGUUAUAACCCCUUGAAAAAGUUAGUUGUGAUCUACUUUAUCCACUUUAUACGUGCAGAAGUCCUUGGACGUGUCCAACGUCUCCAGAAUUUACCCAUCACCAUCACCACCAGUUCAUACUAAUUAAAUAGUAGAUCAUCACAGACCUCACAACAUUUUCAAAUUCAAGUGCUCUUCUUGGAUUCAAUUAAAUUUAUAUUACAAGUAAUACGUCAGUUCACAUGUCAAUUUCUAGAACCGACAGUUUACGUGUACAUAUAAAGUUAAAUCAAUAGCCAUGUAAUCUUAAAUAUACUUUCGUUUACUUGUAAAACGUCAAUAUUCUUCAUACAUGUAUACUUAG